AUGAAAGCAAAAUUGGAUACCCAUAAUGAAAGUGGUUCAAGGCGUGUGAUGAUCAAUGACCCGCAGUUAACAAACUAUUGCAAAAACGAAAUCAGCACUGCAAAACGUUAUGCAAAUGUAUUUUUCCUUCUAAUAGCUCUUCUUCAGCAAAUCCCAGGUGUGUCUCCUACCGCUAUCAAAGAGAUGAUAGAAGAUUUCAAACGUCACCGUGCGGAUGAUGCCACCAACAAUAGUAAAAGCUUAAUUCUUCGCGGGGGCGAGUGGGUUGAGACGCUGUGGAAGGAGCUGCAAGUCGGCGAUUUAGUUAAAGUGUGCGACAAUCAGUUAAUCCCGGCGGAUUUGAUUCUCCUGGCCUCAAGUGAACCGCAGGCAAUGUGUUAUAUAGAAACGAGCAACUUGGAUGGGGAGACUAACUUGAAGCUUCGUCAGGGGUUAGCACAAACAUCACAUCUUCUUACGGCAGGCGCUUUGGCCACUUAUCAGGGCUGGGUUGAUUGUGAGAAGCCCAAUAGGAAAUUGGAACAGUUCGUUGGCACGCUUAGGGGUCCAGAUAUGAUUCGAUAUCCGUUAAAGCCAAAUCAGGUCCUUCUUAGGGGAUCGUCUCUGAAAAAUACAAAGUGGAUUUUCGGGUUGGUAAUAUACACCGGCAAAGAAUCCAAGGUGAUGUUGAAUUCCACGUCUCCACCUCUCAAACGAUCCACGGUUGAACAACAAACCAACAAUUAUAUCCUUUUCCUUUUCGGGGUCCUUCUUUUCCUCACCUUGUUCACUUUCACCGCAAAUAUAAUCUGGAAGCGCCGAGUGGAACAUAAAAUGUGGUACCUAGAUAGCGCCGCCACUACUCAAUCCGCUCUGCAGAACCUUUUGGACCUUAUCACAUGCUUAAUUUUGUAUAAUACUGUGAUCCCGAUCAGUAUACCCGUGAUGCUCGAGGUUGUGCGAUUUACACAAGCUUUGUACAUAAACUGGGACGUAGACAUGUAUGAUCCCGAUACGGACACUCCUGCGAUGGCACGGACGUCGAACCUGAACGAGGAACUUGGACAGGUUCGAUAUUUGUUUUCUGACAAAACCGGAACUCUGACUCGCAAUGUGAUGGAGUUCAAGCGUUGUUCGAUUGGCGGAGUGAUUUAUGGAAACGCCACCGAGGAUUCCAAUGCAAUGAACGACGAGGCAUUGUUAUCUCGGCUGAGAUCAAAGGAUCCUUUGGCGAGGCAUUUCUUCUUCGUCCUUGCCAUUUGUCACACUGUCGUGCCCGAUGUAUCUGUCGAUGAUCCAGAUCAACCGAUCACGUAUCAAGCUUCUUCUCCAGACGAAGCCGCUUUGGUUAAAGCUGCCAGCGCCAUGGGCUUUGUUUUCGCUACGCGUACACCCACCGGAGUCUCAGUCAGAGUGAAUGGAUCCGAAUUGCAUUACGAAGUCCUUCAAGUUUUGGAAUUCACCAGUUUCCGCAAACGCAUGGGCGUGGUUGUUCGUGAGCCAACCGGGCGCAUCGUCGUGAUGGUCAAAGGGGCUGACACCGUCAUUUUUGAACGGUUGGCCAAGACCAGUCAAUUUCGUGAGGCCACUGUGCAGCAUUUAGAAAUCUUCGCAAAAACUGGAUUGCGGACUUUGUGCAUUGCUUCCGCUGAAGUUUCCCCCUCAUUUCACCAAAAUUGGGCCCGGUUAUACUACGAGGCGAGCACUGCACUGGAUAACCGCGAGGAGAGGAUGGAACAGGUUGCAGAGUUGAUAGAAACGAAUCUACAAUUGGUUGGAGCCACUGCUAUUGAGGAUAAAUUGCAGGACGGAGUACCUGAGACGAUUGCCAAUUUGGGCAGAGCCGGAAUCUCCAUUUGGGUGCUCACAGGCGAUAAACAAGAAACGGCCGUCAACAUAGGUUUUUCUUGUCGUCUGUUGACACCCGCUCUUCAAUUCGUCACUCUCAACACUAAUUCCUUGGAUCAGACCCGAACUCAACUGCGCGACUUGGUAGAAGAUUUGGGUGACAACUUACGCUCAGAGAACGACCUGGCUCUCAUUGUGGACGGACAUACCUUAGAGUUUGCACUUCUAUGCGAAUGCCGUAAAGACUUCCUUGAUGUGGCCCUGUCGUGUAAAUCGGUGAUCUGUUGUCGUGUCAGUCCAUGGCAGAAAGCUGAACUAGUCAAGCUUGUUCGAUUGUCGUUGCGAAAUGCAGUCACCCUGGCCAUUGGAGACGGAGCGAAUGACGUCGGUAUGAUCCAGGCCGCUCAUGUUGGAGUAGGUAUCAGUGGCAAGGAGGGAAUGCAAGCGGCCUGCGCUUCCGACUACGCGAUUGGUCAGUUUCGAUUUUUGAACAAGCUACUUCUUGUCCACGGUGCAUGGAACUACAACCGGUUGACGAAGCUGAUCUUGUAUUCGUUCUACAAGAAUGUUUGUCUUUAUGUGAUUCAAUUCUGGUUCGCUAUCUUGAGCGGCUUCUCCGGACAAAUCGUAUUCGAACGCUGGACAAUUGGUUUGUACAAUGUCAUCUUCUCUGCUGCUCCCCCCAUCGCUUUGGGUCUUUUUGAUCGAAGUUGUAGCGUAAAAAAUUGCCUCAAAUAUCCCGAAUUGUACAGGGAUACACAGGCUUCUGCUUCUUUCAAUUUCAAGCCCUCUUCAGUUGUCUGUGCCACCGAUCCCUAUUGCAUACCGAUUACGAUGCAGCAUAUGAAUUUUUCCACUUUUACGAAUGUUGUCGAUUCCAAUGGCCAAUCGAGCAGCCUUUUGGUUUUGGGAAAUUCGGUGUACACAUAUGUGGUCGUGACCGUGUGUCUCAAAGCCGGGCUGGAGCACACAGCAUGGACUUGGAUUUCUCAUCUUGCAAUCUGGGGCAGUGUUGUCUGCUGGUUCUUCUUUCUGCUCAUCUACUCUCACUUUUACCCCGUGCUCCCAAUCGCCGCCGAUAUGGUCGGAAUGGACGCCGCUGUGUUUGGCAGUUGGGUCUUUUGGUUUGGUCUGGUUCUGAUACCGUCCCUGUGUCUGACCCGCGACGUCGCUUGGAAAAUGGGAAAACGUAGCUUCGCAGGAACACUUCGAGAGCAGGUGAUGCAGUUGGAACAGCUGGAGGUCGAUCCGGGCGUAAUGAUCAAAGCGAGUCUCAAAUGCAAGACCAUAGACAAGGCCGCCUUCAUGCGGAUUCUUCGACGCACUCGAGGUUCAGAAGCAUUGCUAAAUCUUUGCCCUGGAGCCAGUGUCGGCCGCUCACGCACUUUGUCAUCUCCAAAAGCCUUGGCACAUGCCGAUCCACUCAACGCAGUUUUAACUUUUACGGAUGCCGCUGCACCUGCUUGUCUACGCGUUCAUACAUUUCAAGUGGUGCACAAAUAUAGCGACGCCGCUGUGUUUGGCAGUUGGGUCUUUUGGUUUGGUCUGGUUCUGAUACCGUCCCUGUGUCUGACCCGCGACGUCGCUUGGAAAAUGGGAAAACGUAGCUUCGCAGGAACACUUCGAGAGCAGGUGAUGCAGUUGGAACAGCUGGAGGUCGAUCCGGGCGUAAUGAUCAAAGCGAGUCUCAAAUGCAAGACCAUAGACAAGGCCGCCUUCAUGCGGAUUCUUCGACGCACUCGAGGUUCAGAAGCAUUGCUAAAUCUUUGCCCUGGAGCCAGUGUCGGCCGCUCACGCACUUUGUCAUCUCCAAAAGCCUUGGCACAUGCCGAUCACGGCUACGCAUUUUCUCAAGAAGAACACGGCGUUGUCAGACAAUCCGACCUGAUUCGUGCCUAUGACUCCACUCAAGGAAAGCCCGAGGGGACGUGA